AUGGUGGCAUCUGCGGUUUUGCCGAUGCUCUACGAGUUCCUCGUGUCUGAGUCGCGCUACGAGGUACGUGGCAGCGAGUACCGUUCGCGUUUGCGGUCGCUGUUCGAGGAGAUGCUGUCCGCUCAGCUGACGUUUCCGCCCUUCCCUCUCAUCGGGUGGCGGCAGCCAUGUUACAAGCCGCUCGAGGACAUGGUAAAUUCGGUGGGUUUCGCCGAUUGCGAGGACGUGCGGGUGCUGAAGUUGGCUGCGUGUCCUGGCAUCCACCAGUACGCGUAUCCCGAAAUUCCCGACUACGUGCGUCUGGAUGCGCAUUAUCUGAAGCAAUGGAACUACUUCUUCGGCGUUUUCGAGAAGCGGGAGCGUGUAGGCGCUGCGAAUCGUCCGCGUCGCAUCCGCGCCGGCGAGAGCUCCGGGACUUCCUCCUCAUGCACCGAGAGCGAGGAGGACGACUCCUUGUCUGAGAGUGAGGAAUCCGUAACACUGGAACACCUGGACGCGGUUAUAACCACCGACGACAUUCUGCUUCCUCGUGUGCGCCCGGAUGAUAUAAACAAAUUCCCAACUUCAGAUGCCCGCGUAUCGGGCGGCGAGGAGGGUUCCGCUGACGACGCCACAGUCCGUUGGGGCCGUCAUGUACCCAUUUAUAUGGACUCCUCCUACAAAAUAGAUCAUGGAGUGAUAGUUUUCGGCGUGCUUAACGACGCGCACUUGGCGUAUGAAUGGUCGUGUAACGGUUCCUAUGGUGCAUACGAAUCGACUCUCCAGAAGUUCGCCGACGGCGAUUUGGAUACCUCUGCAGAAAACUCGGCCGAAGAAGGCCCUUUUAUUGAUGAAUUGACGGAUGACUCGGUCAAUGGAGACGCCGCAGCUCCUGCUGAGGAUAUGGCGAUGGAUGUUGACGCCACGGUCAAACCAAAGUCUACCAACAAAGACAUUGCCGCGUGUGAAGCAAACACGGACUGUGUGGCAAGAAAUGUCCCGUAUGAGGAGCUAAAUAACGUUUCUACAGCAGUUUCAGGGCGCGCUUUGCAACCUGCAUGCAGCAAUAAUGGCGACAACGUGGAUGAGGACAUGGAGGACGCUGCCGUCGACACUUUUGAAGACGACCGCACUGUGACUUACAAUGGUGAUGAUGAUGAAGACGCGUCAGAGGGGCAAAGCGAUGAUGAUAGUGUCGUAGAUGGUGAGGAAGCCGGCGAGGAUGAUUCCUAUCUGACCGCUCCAUACGAUCCCAAGUCUAUAUACGGCAACUAUUAUUGCGCACUCCCUAACGGUUACGAUUCACACCAAAUCACGCUAGAUGGGGAAGAUGUAGGCGGCACGGUAGAGCGUGGGCCGGCGGAGUACAAGUCCUACACCCAGGACGCUAUGGAGAUAAUGUCCACCAUGAUUGUGGGCGCUGACGGCGUUCCUCAGUUGAGUUGCGUCGGGACGUUGGGCGAGCGUGACGGUGAUUCGCAAGAUCCCCGCCUUCGAAAAUACCACAAGCGGCAGGUAACCCUCCAGAACCGUUUGGAGGAUGCCAUAUCCAGCCUCUUCGCGAUUAAGAAUGCAGUCAGUGCCCAGUGCACUACGUGUUCCGGUUGGAGUCUGAACAACGGCAUAGCGGUUAUAUUCUGUGAGAUUUGCGAGGACAGGAUGUUGGAGGAAUUCGACCCUUCCGUGAUCAACCGUUUGUUUGAGCUCCGCCGCCUCCUCGUCUCCGACCUUUACCCCGCAAUUGGUUACCAUUUCGUGGAUAGCGAUGCAAGCAUGUGCGCUAAGGGUGAGGGGUGUGCCACCCACGUGACCAUUCCUGCCCUGUGCGAGGUGGGUGGCACCUACCCAAAGGCUUCUUUGCGCGAUGGGCGCUGUGUUCCCAAUACGGCGGAUAUCCCUCGGAAGGCAUUGCACGAGUUGAGUUCGAUCGUGUUGACCAACGCCGAGCUGUCGCCUUACGCUGAGAGCGGCAGCCGCAUUUUGGCCCUGUGCAACGAGCGACGCAGGCAGCGUCUGCAUGCCUUCAACUACUAUCUCGAGACCCUGUGCAGGCUCUACGAGACUACCGUGUCCAACCAAAACUAUCCUCUCGUGGUGGAAGAGUUCAACAACGUGUUCAAGAAGGGGAUGCUGCCCUUCAUGAGCAACCCUUUGGAAAACAGGUCUCGGUUUUUCGAUGAGUUAACGUCCUCCCUGUUCUGCAAGAUGCCGCUCGAUGUCGACCUGUUGCGGAAGCUGUUUUACCGUCGUGGCAUAUACGGCGAUCGUGGUGAGGGUCCACGUGGGACCAACCUGUUGGCUCUGGCCGAGCAGGAUGGCCACCGUCUGCGGAACACCAGCCACACGUCUAUGUACAACUGGCAUACAGUGGCAUUCAAGUUUUGGAGCCGUAAAUCUUCCACUGUUGAUCGACCAUGCAAGACCGAAUCGUUGAAGUCCGCAUCAAGCAUUGCACGUUCCACGCUUUAUAAGGAGUUUGUGACCCGCGCUGGCACCUUUGACCGUAUGCCUCGCGAUGUGUCGUCGCAUCUACAGAAUAACGGGAAAUUGGACGUGGGCUUCCCCACGUCCCUCGAGAUGCAUGUGGCCGGUGUGCCUGACGCCGUUCUUGACCCGCUUCUGUACACAAAAUGUGGCAUGGCAUUUUACUACUCGCUGCCGGCAAUCAUUCAAAACAUGUGCGCCUUGUCACAGCACAUUCGGGUUUGCGAAGAGACUGACGGACGUUCUAAGCGAAAGGCACGGGAAAAUGCAGCCGGUAAGCCGGUAUAA